CGCUUUUUCUCUCCCUGUCAGCACGCCACUUUAACAUCCUAGAAUUCACAACGUGAAACGGCUACCACCACGUGGACAGCACGUGACGUGGAGAUGCCCGGGUUUUCGUACGUUGCCAUCCCUCCCGGCAGCGAAGACAUGCGACAGGUAUAUUUUCCAUUCCCUGUGUCGCAACUGAAUGACCUCGACUUCAUCAGGGCCUUAAGAGGGGAACUUGGCAAGGAGGCCUUUGCCAUCGAGGGCCUGAGGUCCAAGCUCCUGGAGGAGCUGGCGACUUCUUCCACGACGAGAAGCUGUGGUGUUGCCAAAGCCAAUGGAGAAAAGGAGAAAGUCAGGGAGAAUUUGCAGAAGAUCGACGAUGAGCACCUUGAAUUGCUCAUGUCAAUGGAAGCUUUCCAGGUAGAGAUGCUCCGAGAUCCUUCCAAAGAUGUUGGUAGAAAGGGUGUUUUCCUUUAUCAUGAAGGUAGAGCGGACGGCCCUGUGAACGACAGGGCUAUGAACCUGUGCCUUGCAGCCGGCUUCCCUCCAAAGGAAUUGCGAGGCACGUGCUUCCUCUCGCGGACGGAGGAAUUUGUGGAGCGAGACUCUGUGGAUCCGAUUUGGAGACGUUGUGACUUCACUCUCAAAGAUUGCAGCAAUGAUGCCGAGUGGCUGAAGGAUGCGCGUCGAGAUCGUGAAGAGUCUGGCUUGAAGCAGAAGGAGGAUGCAGAGUGGUUUUCAUCAUUGGAGGAUUGCCAAGCCCCAAUGGCAGAAGGCAAGUCUGACCUGUAUGCCUGGAAGCAAACCGAGGAGGAGGUUGACAUUGUCUUUGAUCCAGGGCCAUUUGCUGGCAUUCGGGCCACGAAGAAGGACAUUGCGGUGAAGUUUUCCAGAAGGAGCCUGUUUGUGAGGUUGCGUGGGCGCAUACUUUGCCCGGACGUUGAAUUGGCUGCUGAGGUUGACCCGGAGAACUCUUUCUGGACGUUUGAUCGAGACCGCAUGGAGCUGCAGGUGACCUUGUCGAAAACACCUGCUGGGACUAUGUGGAGAAGUUUGCUGAAGGUGAGCUGAUGCGCUCGCCGAGUGCCACACCGUGGUUCAAUCGUCAAAGGUAAAGUCAUUUGUUGUGCAAAUGAAGGCUGCACUGUUGCGAUGUAGGGGUGUUGGUUGGUGAGGUCAUUGAACCACCUGAGAAUUCACCAAUUCACUGCACGGAUUCAAGAAUGAUCCGCACGGAUUCAGCACCGGCCUCGCGGGUGCCGAACCAAGACACCGAGUCGGACGCACGAAUCCAGAUUUGUUGG